AUGAUUAAAGAAAAUUUGUCAAACUCCGAAAGGAAAAAUGAUGAGUUUCCCAACCCAGAAGAACUAAAAAAACAGGGUGUGCGCGAUGAAGAGGAUCGAAUUGGUAAUAAUUAUAAAGAGCCUGCCGAAGAUAAUCUCUUAUCUAAAGGGAACAAAAACGAAAACAACGAAGAUAAUAAAAAUGGAAAUGAAUCCAAUGCAGUCUCUGACGCCGACGGAGUUUCUGGUUUGAUAUUAAUUAAGAAUUCAAAUAGGAAAAAAUUAAAAUUGCAAAGAUUGGCUUCGCUCAAUGCAUUUUUUGCAGAUACUUCUGAACCCGAUUUGUUAUAUAGACUUGAAAGAGAGCAAUUAGAAAAAGAACAAAAACAGGAGAAUUAUCAAAAUGUGGAAGAUAAUACUGAAGAGGCACAAUUAGAUGUGAUACAGCAAGAAUAAUAAAAGAAAAGGGGUAAGUUUUAGUUAAUAGUUUACAUCAUAUUUUCUUUUAUUGUUUUGUUUAAAUACAUUAAUUAUAAUUUUUUUAUCUAUUUAAUUAAUAAUAUUUUCCAUUAACUAUUUACAUGAAAAGUAUUAUAUUCUUAAUAUUCCUUACAAAUUAUAAAAUAUUACAUACCUAAUAAGUAGGUAAGGAAAAUAAUAGUAUUAUCCGAUUAUGAAUUAAUCGAAUAUGAUAGUCAUAUUUUAAAUUAGCAUAAUUAAUGCAUAAAUACUGGUUUUUAUUGGUUGCUGAAAAAAAUUGAUUAAUUU